AUGUAUUUUAUUUGUCGCUUGACUUAUAACCACUUGAGAAAUGGAGACUAAUCUUUCUGAAGAAAAACAAAAACCGUCAAAAUCACAAGCCCAGCAGAGAAGACAAAUGGAAAAUUAUGAAUUCUCACAGCUAGCCAAUGAACUUCCAUUGGCAAGAGCAAUUUCUGGACAGCAUAUUGAUAAAACAACGAUGGUUAGAUUAGCAACUGCUUAUAUCAAACUUCACAAUAUAUUUGGGCAAUCUCAAAGAGCCUACAGUUCAGCUGACUAUUAUUAUGGAAGUGACUCUUUAUGGACUAACAAUCAUUUAGAUCUACUAGAUGGAUUCUUUGUGAUACUGGACAGGCGCGGAGAUGUACUUUACAUAAGUGAAACUAUUAGUAUUUACUUGGGCUUGUCACAAGUUGAAAUGACUGGCAACGCGAUGGUUGAUUAUAUUCAUGAACAGGAUAUCAAUUGCUUUAACUCGGCCCUUAACUAUUGUGACCUUAAUUGGCCUCAAAUGUGCAACGUACGUGUUAAAUCUAGUCUCACAAAGCGAGCAAACAAGGAUGCAGUUCGUGCUUCACCUGGAUACAAGGUUCUUCGUCUAGAAAUUACAAUGGGUCCAAAUACAAAUACUAGAAUGAUUGCAUGUUAUCCAAUGCCUACUCCAGUUCUUUCUACAGUAACCAUUCCUUCUAAUUCAUUUGUUAUCAUUACAUCCAUCGAUCUUCAUAUAACAUUUGCUGAUGAAAAAGCUCAUCAGUUGCUUAAUAACCCAUUUUACCCAGAUUCAAAUAUCAAAGGAAUGUCAUUAUAUUCACUGAUUGAUAUCUCAGAUUCUGAAGUUAUAUCAAAAAUGCAUUUCGAUAUUUUCAACCUGGGCGCUUAUAAAACCCCGUACUAUCGAAUGAUCUUGAAUCAAACAAGUGAAACUUUUUACGUCGAGUCAAAUAUUUUUCGUCAUACUUCGAUUUCCUCUAAACAGUUUAAUGACUCGAUCACAUUUGUUUCCUCAAUUCUAUGACCUCCAACUUUAUUUUAUU